AUGACCAUCAUUACUUAUUUAACGUCGCUACAUCAGGAGGCCUUUUUGCUGCCAAGGAUGUAUUGGCUCCUUAGGCACAAAGGUACUGUGUUAUUACUGUACACCCUGGGCCUUUUCAUCACCCUCAGCCCUGUGGCCCCGCAGGGUUCCUUCCCCAGGCUGGAGAACAUCGCGGCCUACAAACCUGUCAGCGUGGCGCCAGCCGGGGCUACAUGUGGCGUCCCAGAGCGCAGCGCCUUCUGCCAGGCCGGCCGAGCACAGGAGGACUUUCUCACUUGUUCCCAGCAGUUCUGCGUCCAGGAGUGCCCAUACCGCUCCUCCGCACCACGCUACACCAACCUGCUCACCGCCCAUCCGGAUGGGUGUCCAGCAGGCGACAGCCAGGAUCUCCGCCCGGGGGCAGAGGCCGGAUCCACCAGCUUCGUGUUUCGAAACCAGAGCGGUUGCUUGGCUUCCCUCUCCAGUCCAAACUUGGGCCCAGCAGGCUCAUUUACCCUAACAGUUUGGCUGAAACCCGAGGAAGCCUCUGUAAUGACUGUGUUUGAGAAGAGCGCCACAGACAGACUGGUGCUUCUUCUGACGGUCUCGGAGACAGACGUCCAGUUCCGCUAUGGCAGCCAGACUGGUCAGAACUUCUCCAUAACUAUGAGGACUGCAGGACACAUCAUUAUAGGCCAGUGGACGCACCUGGCGCUACAGGUACAUAGCACAAGUGUGAGCUUGUUUCUGAAUGGACAAGAGGAGGACAGCACAGCCCUGGAUACUCAAACCCUCGUAGGCCCAGUCGCUGAUGUCAUCUCAGAAGGUGUCACUUGGAUCGGACAGAGCUCCAAUGGGUCCAAUCAAUUCAUUGGGAGGAUGCAGGAUUUCAGAUUUUAUCCCCAGACUUUAACCAACAGAGAGAUAGAGAAAGUGUACUCCGGGCGACUCCCUCACUUCCAUGCCCAGCCGUCCUGCCGCUGUCCCCCCAGCCACCCGAGAGUGCACCCUCUAGUGGAGAGGUACUGCAUCCCCAACGCGGCGGACGACACCACCAACAACCGCGUGCUCCGCCUCAACCUGGAUGCCCAUCCGCUACACUACAUCAAUGACAACGACAUUGGCACCAGCUGGGUCUCCUCCAUCCUCUCCACCCCAGAGAAACUGGACGAGGGACUCACCAUCACCAUAGACCUGGAGAAUGGACAGUAUCAGGUUUUCUACGUGAUUCUUCAGUUCCAGAGCGCCCAGGCCGAAGCGGUGCGGAUUCAAAGGAAAACCAGCGGCGGCUCCGGAUGGAAAGACUGGCAGUACCUGGCCAAAAACUGCAGCUUUUUUGGGAUGGAGGAUAACGGGCCUUUGGACAGGCCUGAUUCUGUCAACUGUCUCCAGUUUCCCAGUGAUGUCCCUUACUCUCGCGGCAACAUCACCUUCAGCAUGCUGACCCCAGAGCCCAACCUCCGCCCCGGCUACAACAACUUCUACAGCAGUGCCACCCUGCAGGAGUUUGUGAGAGCCACACACGUGCGCAUCCAUCUGCAGGGCCAGUACCACACACGAGGUGCCCACGUGCCCUUCCGCCAUCGCUAUUACGCAGUGGACGAGAUCACCAUCAGUGGCAGGUGCGAGUGCCACGGCCAUGCGGACAGCUGCGACACCAGCGUGAGCCCAUACCGCUGCCUCUGCGUCCCUGAGAGUCAUACACAAGGAGCUAACUGUGAACGUUGCGCUCCGCUCUUCAACGACAAGCCGUUCCGAGCAGGUGAUCAGGUGCAAGCGUACAACUGCCGCCCAUGCCAGUGCUAUGGCCACGCCUCGUCCUGCCACUACAACGCCAGCGUGGAUCCUUACCCCCUCGAUCACUUCCGCGGCGGAGGGGGAGUUUGUGACAACUGCACUCAUAACACAACAGGACGGAACUGUGAGCGCUGCAGGAGUCUGUUCUACAGAGAAGUCGGCACGUCGCUGUGGGCCGAGGACGUGUGCAAACCGUGUGAGUGCAGCAGUGCCGGGACGAUCAACGGCAGCCUGGAGUGUGAUCAGCUGGGGGGCCAGUGUAAGUGCAAGCGACGUGUGUCUGGCCGACAGUGCAAUCAGUGCCAGCAUGGAUUCUACGGGCUGCAGUCUGCGCUCGCUGACGGCUGCCGAGCCUGUAACUGCAAUGCCGCCGGGACGGCACGACCAGAUAUUACCUGUCACCAGGACUCAGGUCAAUGCCAGUGCAAGGCCAACGUAAUCGGCCUUUCUUGUGACCGCUGCAACUACGGUUUCAAGUUCCUCAGUACCACAAACCCAGAUGGCUGCGAACCCUGCGGCUGCAACCCAGACGGCUCACUCCACCAGUUCUGCAACCCCUUCACUGGUCAGUGUGAGUGCAGGGACGGCAUUCAGGGCCUCUUCUGCGACACUUGUGCCCCGGGCACCUAUGGCCUGAAGGCCGGUGGACUCUGCCUUCCCUGCGACUGUAGCCCUGCCGGCUCUGUUCCAGGCUCCACCUGUGACCCUUUGACGGGUCAGUGCGUGUGCAGGCCGGAAGUGGAGGGCCGGCGCUGCGACUCAUGCCGGGACGGCUACCAUAGCCUGGGUGGAGACGGCUCCCUGGGCUGCUUGCCGUGCCGAUGUGAGCCCAGAGGUACGCUGGAGGAGUCGUUCACGUGUGAUAAGCUGACGGGCCAGUGUCGGUGCAAAAACGGCACAGAGGGGCGUCGCUGUAAUCGCUGUUCCCCUCAUAUGUACUGGCUAGCCUCCGCUAAUUCUACGCAUGGGUGCCAGCCGUGCAGCUGUGACCUGGGCACUGUUGCUGGAACUGUGUGUGACCCUGACAGCGGGCAGUGUGUGUGCCUGCCCACCCGUUACGGACGAGACUGUGGCACCUGUAAGCCAGGUUAUUUCCAUUCUGAGGAAGGCCACAGUGAGUGUGAGGCCUGUGACUGUCACCCGGUGGGAGCGGUGGGGCAGGUGUGUGUUGCAGACACGGGCCAGUGUGAGUGCUCUCACUCAUCACUAGCUGGCCGCAGGUGUGACCGAUGCCAGGAUCUCUACUAUGGUUUUAACCCAGUCACUGGCAGGUGCGAGCACUGCGGCUGCGAUCCAGUGGGCGGUUUCAAUGGCUCCUGCCUGGCCGAGACGGGCCAGUGCCUGUGCAAGCUGUUUGUGACGGGUGACAAGUGCGACUCGUGUGUGGAAGGGGCUAGCCACAUGGACCCUGCCAAUCACCUGGGCUGCAGCAAAGAGCCUAGGCAGCAGCCUCCUCCGCUGGGUACCGUGCUCAGUGCCAGUGCCAUAAAGCUGACCUGGAACGCCCCGGACUCCCCCAACAGCAAUGCCCUCACCUACACCCUGCUCCGCGAUUCAGAGCCCAUCCAUAGCAGCCCCAGCCUGCAUCCUUUUGGAACAGUGCUGUUCAUAGACUCGAGUCUGUCUCCGUACACUCUCUACACUUACCAGCUCAUCACCAGCAACGUCCACGGCAACACCAGCAGCUCCAGCAUCAGCCUGCGCACUCUGGCCUCUGUCCCUGACUCAGACGAGCUCCAGCUGAGCCUGGUGGGCCGCCCGGGACCCACCAGCGCCUCCUUCAACUGGACCGAGCCGCUGAACGCCUCUGGCCCCGUGGAGCUCUACACCCUGACGUCUGUAGAGGAGCAAACCGGAGAGGAGCACGUCCACUAUGAGGGCCUGGAGUCGGAAGUAACUGUAGACGAGCUGCAGCCCUUCACCCGCUACAUCUUCAGCCUCCAAGCCUGCACCAACGGCGGCUGUGCCUACAGCAACAACGUCACUCUGAUCACGGCCCAGAUCUCACCCCAGCAGCAGCCCGCACCACACAUGACCACUCUCAGUUCCACCCAGAUGCGAGUGGACUGGGAGCCGCCAGCCCUGCCAAAUGGUAUCAUCAUCAGGUAUGAGCUCUUUAUGCAAGCACUCAAUGAGUCGCUGGAUAACGUUACCAGUCUCAGCUCAGAGCACAGGGUUUUCCUCAGCAGCGGGUGGCUGAACCCACGGCAGCCGAUGGGCUCGGCCAAUGAGAACGCCCUGACUCCGCCAGAGAGCAGCGUGGUGUUGUCUGAUUUGGAGCCGUUUACUGUCUACCGCUUCAGGGUGCUCACUGUUAACAUGGCAGGCAGCACCACGUCAGAGUGGACCACGGGCCGUACUGGAGAGGGAGUACCUGAGUACAUGGGCCCUCCUCAGGUGUCUCCAGUGUCUUCGUCUGCACUCCUAGUGAGCUGGGAGACGCCACGGGAUCGAGACGUCCGGGGCAGAGUGACCGAAUACAGGGUCAGCCUUCACCAAGAGCAAACCACCAACCCAUAUGCCCCUCCCGUAGUCACACAGCUGUUGUACAGUGCCUCAGCAGAGGAGCGGAGCUACACUGUGGUGGGCCUGAAGGCCUAUGAGGAGUACAGCUUCACAGUGACCGUAUGUAACACACAGGGUUGUGUGACCAGCCUACCAGCUUCAGGACGCACGCGGCCCUCUGCUCCAGCAGGUCUGAAGGCACCGAAGCUGUACCCUCUGAACACGACUGGAAUCAAGAUUUCCUGGGCAGCCCCUGCUGAGCUGAACGGUCCUCCACCCGUGUACCACGUGGAGAGGACGGACGUGUCCUUCUCUGACGCCCUGGGCCAGGUGGUCAGAGGACGGCGCUUCACUGGAACCGGCUACUUCCGCUUUCCCGGCUCUACACUGCCCGUCGACGCUGACUUCACAGGUCUUCAGCUGAGUUUCCGCACACGGGCAGAGGACGGCCUCAUCCUGUGUGCUCUGUCCCCUGGAGAGCAGGAGGAGUAUGUGGUUCUGCAAAUGCGCAGCGGAAGACCCUACUUUCUAUUCGACCCUCAGGCCUCAGCUGUGGCCCUCAGUCCACAAAACGAUGGAGGGAGGAGGUAUAACGACAACCAGUGGCACCGCCUGAUCGCUACCAGGAAGCAGGCCGUGGGAACAAUCAUUGUGGAUGAUCAAUACAGUGGCUCGGCAUCAGCAACCAGUGGAAGUACCAUCAUUGGGCAAAACACUGGCGUUUACUUUGGAGGCCUUCCAGAGAAUUUCACCGUUCACCGACAAGACGCUGGUCCAGCCAGACUGGUGCGACAAGGUUUUGCAGGUUGCGUGAAGGACGUACUGGUCCAGAGGGCUAGUAGCCCUGUGGCUGUUUGGGAGCCGUUAGACUGGGACUCGGCCCUGGAGGAGCACGAGACGUAUGGUGGCUGGGAGGGCUGUCCCGCCGACUCUGAGCAUGGAGCCUACUUCCUGGGACAUGGGUUCCUCAGACUGAAACCAGAGGUGUUCACCGGUGGAGAUAAUUUUGAAAUAUCGUUUGAGUUCAAAACGGAUCAACUUAAUGCGCUGCUGCUGUUUGCCUACGACGCCAGUGGGGAGGAUUACAUUUUGGCGGAGCUGCAGGGCGGUAUCCUCUCCUGGGUGCUGCGCUGGGGAGAGCAGAGUGCUGAGCUGGCCGUGUGGGUGGGCCUGUCCUACUGCGAUGGCGGCUGGAACAGCGCAACCUUGCUGAAGAGGGGAGCGCUGUCUGGAGCUGGUCUGAACGAGGCGCUGGAAGAGCAGAGGAGCCAGAGAGGAGGUCCACUGACAAUCAGCUCCCCUCUUUAUCUGGGGGGAGUUCCAGCCGGACUGCAGCACCCAGCCUUGCAACGACAUAGUCUGCUGCAUGGUUUUGGCGGCUGCAUCAGGGCCGUUCGAUUGGCGGCGCGUGGGGCUGUCGUAAACUUGGCCGCAGUGUCCCGUGGCGCUGUCGGAGUCAAUCUGGAUGGAUGCCUGUCAGCUGACACCAGCGUUAACUGCCGGGGAAACGACUCUAUCCUGGUGUAUGCAGGCAGAGAGAGCAGCGCCCUGGACCUUACUCUGCAGCCCUUCACUGAGUACUUAUACAGAGUGAUGGCAUCCGGAGAGGGAGGGUGGACAGCCGGACCGUGGCAGCGAGGACGCAGUCGAGAGACAGUUCCGCAAAGUGUGCUGCCUCCCUCCAGAGUUGCCAGUAUAAAUGGCUCCAGCGUGGAGGUGAGCUGGGCGGAGCCGCCUGGGGUCAGAGGUGUAAUUGAGCAGUACGUGGUAAAGGCAUACAGCCGGGACCGUCCCUCGUCCCCCCCGAUCAGCACCACCUUCCCCAACACGCAGCGGCUGACGGGAACAUUAAGUGGCCUGGCUCCUUUUAGCAGCUACAGUAUUACCCUAACGGCGUGCACUCAGGCCGGCUGCGGAGAGAGCGCGCGCUCCACCAGCCUCACCACUCCGCAAGAGGCUCCUGAGGAAGUCCUAGCCCCUAAUGCAGUUCCGUACCCAGACUCUCUCUCUCUGUACUGGGAUCCCCCUCUGAAACCCAACGGCAUCAUCACCCACUUCACCCUGUACAAGGACAACAAGUUGAUCUACCAAGGCAAUGACACUGCCUUCAACAUCACUGAUCUAGGUGUGUACACUCCACACAAGCUGCUGCUGAGUGCCUGCACUGAGGCAGGCUGCACGAACAGCUCCGUGGUCACACUCUUUACCGGUCAGCUUGCCCCAUCCUACGUGCAGGCGCCUGUCAUCACCGUCCUAGAUGCCCACAGCAUCUACGUCCAGUGGGCCGCUCCGCUAGAGGUAAAUGGGCUGCUGGAGUUCUAUGCGCUCUACCAGACAGUUCCUGGAGGGGAGCCCGUGGUGGUCUACAACAGCUCCGAGCUCUUUGAGGAUCACACUCUGCGCAACCUUGUCCCCGGGACCACCUACCUGUUCCAGAUUGCUGCGUGCACGGCGGGCGGCUGCACCCUCAGCGCCCCCAGCCUGGCCCACACUGAGGAGAGCUCUCCGGAGGAGGUGCCGGCUCCGGACAUCCUGCACGUCUCCCCGCACGCGCUCAACGUGUCCUGGGACCCUCCGCGCAAGCCCAACGGUGUAAUCAGCAGCUACGGCCUGUGGAUGGACGGUGUGUUGGUCCAGAACUCCUCGUCCACGAGCUUCGCGGUCAGUGGCCUGUCUCCCUGGAGUCUGCACGGCUUCCGUGUGCAGGCGUGCACAGCUCAGGGCUGCGCUCUGGGCCCUUUGGCGGAGGUCCGGACUUUAGAGAUGCCCCCGGUUGGCAGCGUGCCCAUAGAAAUCCUGAACGAGACCCCUCGGUCAGUGAGGGUGAAGUGGGAUUCCCCUGCCAAGCCCAACGGCAACCUGACCUACUCGGUCCUUUUCACCGGAGCCUUCUCCCAGCCGUCAGGUCAAAACAGAAGCAGUGUGGAAGUGACGGAGACCAGAGCUCAGCUCAGUACGGGUAAAGCUGGCCACUGGGUGUCUGUAGGAGGCCUCCUUCCCUACUCCAACUACAGCGUCCAAGUCAGAGCUUGCAACAGCCAGGGCUGUGUGGAGAGCGCCCCCACCAGCAUUUCACUCCCUCCUGCAGCUCCAGAUGGCCUCUUGCCCCCGAGGCUGGCAGCUGCCACCCCCACCUCACUGCAGGUGGCCUGGCUCAGUCCCGCACGCCCCAACGCUCCUGGACCCCUGCGCUACCGGCUCCAGAUGAGGAAGCCAGCCACACAGCAUGUACUGCAAUUGGUGGACAAUGAGACGACAGUGUUCAGUCAGCUGGUGGAGGGUUUGGAGCCGUACACUGAAUAUCAGUUCAGACUGCUGGUGUCCCACAACCACGGAGAGAGCAGCAGCUCCUGGAUCUCUCUCUAUACCGCCCAAGACCGGCCUGGAUCUGUUGACCCACCCGUGCUGUUUGAGAUCCACUCCAGAAAUGCCACAGUCUCCUGGUCUCCUCCCUCACGGCCAAACGGCAUAGUGACCCAUUAUAACAUCUACCAGAACAGCCAGCUGAGCGCCACUGUGCCUGGCAAUAGCACCAGCCUCACCCUCUCAGGCCUGGAGCCCUACCAGAACUACUCCAUCCAAGUGGAGGCCUGCACAGAGGCGGGUUGCACCCUGUCUUCCGACUCCCACACUAUCCGGACCCCCCCGGCCCCUCCUGAAGGCGUGGUGGCUCCCCUGCUCUACUCAGACACGCCUACCUCUGUACUGCUGACCUGGGAACCACCGGUGCGGGCAAACGGGGUGCUGGACAACUACACAGUGGAAAGAAGAGCUGCCGGCACACAGCAGAUCUCUACAGUGGGCACAGUGCUGCCCAACCACACGCUCACCUACCUGGACAGCUCAGCGGCUCUCAGCCCCUGGGGCAGUUAUGAGUACCGAGUGGUGGCUAGCACCAAGCAGGGCGGCUCCAACAGCAGCCAGUGGGAAAGGGUGACCACCCGACCCUCAAGACCUGCCGGACUGCAUCCACCUGACGUGUUGGUGUUGGGGCCAGAGUCAGUGCAGGUAACAUGGUCAGCUCCACUGAUACCCAACGGAGAGAUUGAGCGCUAUGAGAUCCGCAUGCCGGACCCCCGCAUCCCUCACACAGACAUCGUCGCACUCAACCGCACCGUCACCAGCCUGGUGCCAUAUACCAACUACAGCAUAACCAUCCUGGCCUGUUCAGGUGGUGGGGGCUAUGUUGGAGGGUGCACUGAGAGCCUGCCCACAUCUGUCACUACAUUACCCACAAUUCCACAGGGGCUAGCAUCUCUCUCGGUGGUCGCCAUCAGUGAGUCUUUCCUGGCUGUGUCAUGGCGGCCGCCGUCCAGGCCAAACGGGCCCAACAUAAGGUACGAGCUGCUGAGACGGAAAACCCAGCAGCCCCUGGCCUCCCGUCCCCCCGAAGAUUUCAAUCGCUGGUACCGUGUUUACGCAGGAGACAAAUUGUUCCACGAAGAUAAAGGCCUUAGCAGGUACACGUGGUAUGAAUACCAGCUGUUGGUGCACAAUGAUGUGGGCUAUGCUUCAGGAGAACCAGCCUUCGGGGUCACUCUAGCCGGACCACCCCACACUCCUGCUAAUGUGUCUGCCCUCGUCCUCAACCACACUGCUAUUCUUGUAAACUGGACCACACCCACUCUGCAGGACCUACAGGGGAAGGCAGAGCUCUAUUUUCUCACAGUCAAUUCCACCCAGGAAAGCCAGACGCUCCGUCUUGACCCUUCAGUGACCUCCAUCGUGAUCUCUGACCUGCAGCCCAGCACUGAGUACACACUCUCUCUGACCGUGUCUAAUGGAGCUCACAGUAUCACCAGCCCAGAGGUGACAUGCACCACUACCGACGGUGAGCCUGAAGGGAUCUUCCCCCCGGAGAUAGUGACCCUCAACAGCACAUCAGUACGGGUGUUGUGGGCAGCCCCUCUGGUUCCUAACGGAGCUGUGACGCGGUACUCCAUCUAUCUGGAUGACCAGCUUUACGGCUCCACCGACAACACAUCCGGAUCACUGGAGCUGGGAGGCCUCCUGCCUUUCACUGUGUAUGACAUUCAGGUGGAGGUUUGUACGGUGUACGCGUGUGUGAAGGGCAACAGCACCAAGGUGACUACGGUGGAGGACACGCCAGCUGACAUUGCAGCACCUCACAUCCAGGUGCUCAGCUCCAGAUCUGUUAGGCUGGAGUGGACAUCUCCUGGCCAGCCCAAUGGAAUCAUGGGAGGUUAUGAUAUACACCGACGGGCCCUUAAACCAUGUGAGGAGCUCCAAGCCAAGCAUGCUGCCCUCCCCCAGACGCACUGCUCAUACGUGGAAUGUCCCGCACACCAGGACUUCUGUGGCAGCUCCUGUUACGACCCAGAACAGCAGGUUUGUUGUGGAGGGACCAUACAUGACUUCAGAGACUUGCACCAGUGUUGUGAUGAGCUCUAUUUGCCGGUGGUGAACACUACUAUGGGUGUUUGCUGUGGCGGGCAGCUCCACGAGCCUCUGGCUCACCACCAGUGUUGUGGAGGAUACUAUGUCCCAGUCAGCCAAGGGGAGAUUUGCUGUCCGGACCCCGGCCAGCUGCGAGUGUCCGUGGGACCGGGCGAUUCGUGCUGUGGGGCGACGCCCUUCUCCUCCGCGGCAGGUCAGAUCUGCUGUGGCGAGGUCCUUCACGACGGCUUCAGCUCACAGUGCUGUGGGGGACGACUGGUCGAGCGAGAGGCCGAGUGCUGUGGAGACGCCGACAGAGGAACAGCACACGCUGCUCUUCCAGGGAUGGCCUGCUGUGGAGAGCAGUACAUCAACACGUCCACCUCUGUAUGCUGUCAUGGUCCAGAGCUGCAGCCCAAGGUGCAUGUGCUCGAGAACAGGACAGCGUCACAGAAGUGCUGCUGGACGGAGCUGAUUCAGCAGGAUGAAGAGUGCUGUAAUGGAGUGGGCUUCAACCCACACGAGACCGUGUGUGCCGACACGGCCCCGCACGGCGCUCUCAUUCAGGAAAAGUGCCGUCCCAGCGUCCUUUGUCCUGCAUCUUCCGCCUCGGGGGCGUACUGCGGCUCGUGUGAUUUUAACCCCGCUCAGUUCAUCUGUGCCUGGGUGCCGGGCGAGCCAGACGCCCCAUCAGCCACUCGCAUUCCCAGUAGCUCUCCUCAAGCACCUCCAGCACCCUCAGCCACAGCCCACGGCCAGCUCUGCCCAACCCCUGAGGAGCUUGUCUAUAGCGGAAUGGCUAACAGAUACAUUUUUACAGAUACAGAGUUGGAGCCCUACACCCGCUAUGAGUACAGGGUUGGGGCGUGGAACAGACACGGCCGUGCCUUUAGCCCCGCCUCUCGCAUCACCACAAAAGAGGACGUGCCUAAAGGAGUCCCACCCCUACGCUGGAGCCGUGUGGGCGUCCGUGAUGACAUCAUCCAACUCAACUGGUCCCCACCAUUCAGGUCCAAUGGUGAGAUCAGCCACUACAUAAUCCUGCGGGACGGACAGGAGCGUUAUCGUGGAAAUGAGCAGAGCUUUACUGAUGCUGGAGGAAUCCGGCCUUUCCAAGAGUAUACAUACCAACUGAGGGCGUGCACUUCGGCCGGCUGCACAGACUCCGCCAAAGUGGUGGCAGUGACUGUCCAGGGGGUACCGGAGGGUCUUGCUGCUCCUUCAGUGAUUGCACUAGGGUCCACAGCCCUGCACAUCAGCUGGGUGGCCCCAGCCAAGCCCAAUGGCAUCAUCCGCGAGUACCACGUCAAUCAGAGCGGAGUGGGGGUCAUCCAUACGCACAGAGAGGGGGAGAUGGCCUACACAGUCACAGGGUUGCAGCCUCACACUGACUACAGCUUCCUGCUCACGGCCUGCACAGCAGCCGGCUGUGGAGCAAGCCAGCCAUCUAUGGGCCGCACGCUGCAAGACGCACCGGCAGGUGUCUGGGCGGUACCCAGGCAUGUAUUGGUGAACAGCACAGCUGUAGAGCUCUACUGGAGCGAACCGCUUGAGCCCAAUGGCCUGCUGACCCGCUACCGCCUCCUGCGGGACAGAGAAACGGUCUUCAGCGGCGGUCCAGAAGCAACCAACUACACGGAUGCUGGCCUGCAGCCCAACACCAGGUACGUCUACGAGUUGGAGGCCGGCACUGGUGGUGGGAGCAGCCUGAGCAGCAAGUAUGUCAUCCAGACCCCCGUCUGGUCCCCUGAGAGGGUCCCUGCUCCGUAUAAUGUCAACGUCUCAGGCCCGCGCUCCGUCUUUGUCGCCUGGUCACCCCCAGGUGUGUACAACACCAGUCUUCCCAUUGAAUAUAAUGUACUGCUGAACGCCGGUACAGAGCGUCCCCUCUUCCGCCCGGCCGGCUCGGACCAGUUCCUGCUGCUCGAUGGUCUCGACCCGUACACGACCUACCACAUCAGAGUACAAGCCUGUCAAACAGAUGGUUGUGGGGUAGGCCCUGGGGUCUCUGUCCGGACAUCUGAAGCAGCCCCCCAGGCCCUGGACCCUCCUGAGCUCAGUGCAGCUGGAUCAGCAGUUAUUGAAGUGCGCUGGAGUCCCCCACGCAAACCCAACGGCCUGAUCACAAUGUACUUCAUAUACAGACGGCCAGUUGGAACGCAGGAGGAGCUUCUGGUGUUUAUCUGGACUGAGGGUCCUCUGGAGUUUAUCGACGCCUCCGACUCCCUCCAGCCGUUCACUGAAUAUGAGUACAGAGUCAUUGCCCACAACUCACAGGGCUCCGCCUCAAGCUCCUGGAGCUCUAUCCUCACUCUGGAGGCGGAGCCACAGGGCAUGGACACACCCAAAGUGUGGCCCAGCAGCGCCUACUCCAUCUUGCUGAACUGGACCCAGCCCACUAAGCCCAAUGGACUGAUCUCCAAGUACAAGAUAGUGUGCCAGAAACAGUCCAGAGACCCCACACUCAACUCCACUCCGGUCACAGCCCUCACAGUGCCGGGCGAUGUGUAUCAGGCCCAUGUGUUUGGAUUGGAACCAUACACCACCUACAGUGUGCGAGUGGAGGCAGUGAAUGGGGCAGGUACUGUGUCCAGCCCCUCGGCCGCAGUACGCACUCUGCAGGCUUCGCCCAGCAGCCUGGCCAACUUCAGCGUCGAGAAGAGAGAGCAUGGAAGAGCUCUGCUGCUACACUGGCCUGAACCAGCCUCGCCCAAUGGAGUCAUUAAGAUGUAUAAUAUUUUCAGUGAUGAUAAUCUGGAGUUCAGUGGUCUCUCGCGUCAGUUCCUGUUCCGCCGCUUGGAGCCCUACACCACGUACUCUCUGGUUCUGGAGGCUUGCACUGAGGCAGGCUGCACCAGGACCGCCCCCCAGCUCGUCACCACCGAGGAGGCUCCCCCCUCCUCCCAGCUAGCCCCUACAGCCCUGCACGUGGGGGCCCACAGUGUGGAGCUCCACUGGGCUCCCCCUGGCCAGCCCAAUGGCAGGAUCCUGCAGUACCAGGUAAUGGCUAUGAGUGUGGAGGACAGCAGGGUCAGGAGUGAUGAAGAUGACUCAGUGUGGGUGAAGGUCGUGUUCACGGAGAAUGCCGUGGAAGCUGGUAGCUUCUCCUGCAAUGUAUCUGGUCUGCAGCCGUGGAGCAAGUACAGGUUUUGUGUGCGUGUUUCAAACGCAGCCGGUUCGACUGACAGCCCCUGGUUGACCGUUCACACUAAACAAGCUCCUCCUAGGGGACUGGCUUCCCCAGCUGUCAGUCACCUAGAGGGACGGCCUUAUGAGCUUUUUGUGUCCUGGACACCUCCGCUGGAGCCCAAUGGUAUCCUCGUCAGCUACAGGAUUCAGAGGGACAGUGUCGGCUUUCAUUUCAGCUUCGACUCAUCAGUGCUGAACUAUACGGAUGAGGAUUUGACAGCUGACACCGACUACAGCUAUGCAGUCAUUGCGUGCACAAUAGCUGGCUGUGUCACCAGCCGGCCAACUACAAUCAGGACUUUAGAAGCAGCCCCUGCGACAGUAGAACCACCCGUAGUGUCCAGUGUCACAGCCCAUUCCCUCAGUGCAGCGUGGACCGUACCAUCCAUCCAGAAUGGGGAGAUAUUAGAAUACAUCCUCCAGGUUAACCAAGAGAGGGUUUACCGCGGGAAGAAGCUGACCAUGGAGGUGACCGAUUUAAAGCCACACACUUCUUACAUCCUGAUCUUAACAGCCUGCACGAACGGAGGCUGCACUUCCAGUCCAUCCACGUCAGCUCAGACCGAAGAAGCGCCCCCUACUGGUAUGCUAGCCCCAGCUCUAAAAGUCACAGGCCCCGAGUCAGUGGAGGUGUCAUGGAAAGAGCCCAAUCACCCCAACGGCAUCAUCACAGGCUAUGAGCUCAGGAGAGACGGGCGCGUCAUCUACGCUGGCCUGGACACGCGCUACCACGACUUCACGCUGCUUCCCAGCGUCGAGUACAGCUACACCAUCACGGCUAAUAACAGCCAGGGCACGACCACCAGCCCCCCAGCUGCGGCCCGCACCCAGCCUUCAGCUCCCUCAGGGGUGGCCCCUCCCCGGCUGCAGACUCUGGGGCCCUUCAGUGUCAUGGUGCAGUGGGAUCCCCCAGCUCGGGCCAAUGGAGUCAUCAUCAGCUACUCGCUGUACAAGCGGGACCCCGCCGAGCCCAAUGUGAAGAGGCUGAUCUUUGCGCCACAUCACAGUGCCUUCCAGAGCCGCAGCUUCUCCCUCACUGCUCUGAAGCCCUAUUACAGGUAUGAAGUGCGAGUGGAAGCCUGCACGCUGCUGGGCUGCGCUGCGAGCGACUGGUCCUCCGUUCAGACGCAGGAGGCGCCCCCUGCCGGCCAGUCUGCACCACUGCUGGAGCUGCAGGCCGACUCCAACGGCAUGCAGACUGUCUUCCUGCUCUCGUGGUCUCCGCCGGCCCAGGCUAACGGGAAGCUGCUGCACUACGAACUGUUUCGGAGGCCGGGCGAAGACGCAGAGGGCCGCUCUGCAGCCGCGCUCGUCUACAGCAAUGUCUCCACCUCACACCACGACCGCGACCUGCUGCCCUACACGGCCUACGAGUACCAGGUGUGGGCUGUGAACUCGGCAGGUCGUGCCGGCAGCCCAUGGGCUCUGGGCCGGACUGGGCCAGCUCCCCCUGAAGGCGUGAGCCCCCCCAAAUUCCUGCGCGUCCAUGCUACCUCUGCCGUAGUGGACAUCACCCCGCCGUCCAAACCCAACGGCAUCAUCAGCCUCUACAGGGUGUUCGCCCAGAAAAAGGACACGCACCUCCUGCUGUCAGAGGGAACGUCCCGCCAGCAGACUCUACACGGCCUCAUGCCCUUCACUGUGUACUCGGUCGGGGUGGAAGCCUGCACCUGCUUCCUGUGCUGCAGCCGAGGUCCUCUGAGCGAGCUGCGCACCCAGGCCUCGGCCCCGGCCCAGCAGCCCCCACCCCGGCCCGUCACCCUCACCUCCCGCUGGGCUUUGGUGGAGUGGGAUGAGCCCCUGCAGCCCAACGGCAUCAUCGAGAGCUGUGAGCUCCUGGUGCGGAGUGCGUGCCCCCAGCCACUGCAGCCUAUUCCAGUGGCCUGUUCUGUGGGGCAGGUGGAGACCAGAUUCUUUGGGAAGGGGCAGAGUCUCAACAUCACCGCCCUGCUCCCUUACGCCAUCUACGAGGUGUGUGUGGUCUCCUAUAACAACAUGGGCAGCACAGCGUCCGACUGGGUCUCCAUCACCACCCUGAAAGAACCUCCGCAGUAUAAGCAGCCAUUUGUGGUGCACAGCAACUUGACCACAGUGUACGUGGACUGGGGUCAGUCGUUCUUCCUGAACGGGCCUCUGAGGGACUACGCUCUGACCGAGAGCGGCCUGCGCCUCUACAGCGGCUUCCACAGCUACGUCUACAUCCCCCGCACCUCUGAUAAAACCUUUGCCUUCCAGGUAACCUGCAGUACAGACAGUGGCAGUGCCAGUUCUCCUGUUAUCAAGUACAACACAGCCACUGGUUUAGAUGCUGUGGAAGCCACGUCAGGUGGUAAAACAGGGUUGUAUGGGGCUGGUUACAGGUUCUACACUGAGCUGUGGUUUAUCCUCCUCAUGGCCUUCGUGGGGCUGCUGCUGAUGGCUCUGCUGCUGGGCCUGGUCUUGCGCAGAGCCCUCAACAAACCCCCCUUCAUCAGAGAGAGACCCCCACUUCAGCCUCUGCAGCGGAGAAGCCCCAAAUACCCACCUAGUGACUCGUACUUGAGGCCGUGCUCUGAGCUGUGCUCUAACCAUGCUUCCACUGCUCUCCUUCAGACUGAUGGAGGAAUGGGUCUGACUGACACUAAGAUUGGCGGUCCCGGCUCCCGCAUCAGCAAUCACAGCUACCAGACCACCAUGUCUGUGUUGCGUGCGCCCAGCCAGAGCCAGCUGAGCCACGCAUACUCCCAGAAUUCCCUGCACCGAAGUGUCAGUCAGCUCCUCGACACGACCGAUAAGAAAUCUCUGGCAGGCCUGACUUGGGACCCCGACCUGCAGGGCACCGACAGCGGCAUGUACGUGGGAGACGAGGAAUUUGCGGAAACGGUUAAGGGCUUCAGCUCAGUAAAGAAAGAACAUACUAUGUUUACAGACACACACCUAUAGAGCUCCUUCUCUCUUUUUCACCCACACUCUCUCUUACUCUUAAACAUGCACAAGCACACACGAGAAGAG